CUAAAGUGGGAUAUUCCAUGAAUCACUCGAAAGCAGCGUUAGGUCUGAUUGACGUUUGUCCUGGGGGCCAUUACGUCACGAGUACGAAAUCUUCCACUGAAGUAGUAAAUUAGUCCGACUCUGGUCAAUGAGAGUAGAAGUGACUUGUAUUGGAUCUCAUGUGGCUGCGUUCAUGUAGUGGUUAUCUGUGGAUGUUGUUAUCAGAGCUACAGGCCGGUUAGUUGCACUCCGAGCAGCAGCAGGUGCAUGCGGAUGGCGAAACAACUCAAACUCUACUCUCUACACACAGCUAAGACAUCGGAAGAUCGUUAAAAAAAUAUUGACGAGUUGGAUAAUACGAGUACCUGGCUCAAGGGAAAGCUUAAGGAUGUCUUUCCCGUCUUUCCCGUUUCGGGAAUAGCACGGAAAACUGCAGGGGUAAAAAGGCAGCGAUCUCGUCCCGUCUUUCCGCACGCAAACAUGGAGAAAGUUAAAAGCUAACUUUAACUUAAACCAACCGAGACUCCAACACUCAUGUGCACUUUAGAAUUGUUGUUCUGACGUAUUUUUUUGGGGGAAAAACAACAAGACGGUGGAUUCAUGGUGAGACUCUAGCACAGAUUGUCAGAAUAUCCCCGGAGAAGAAGAGGCAAUGGAGAAGAAGAGCAAGCCAGCCCACAGGACCCGCUCCCCGGACGGUAGCGCCCGGGACAGGGUGGACAGCGUGGAUCCCUAUGGCUUUCAGCGCUCUAAGGACUUUGAUUACGAGUCAUAUGAGGAGCUCAUGUCUGAGUAUCUGGUGGUGCUGACCCGACGUACAAUCAAGUGGUCCAAACUACUUAAGGGCAAAAGAAGAGUGCAGAAGAAUGUAAAACUAAAGCGCUAUGUACGAAAGGGGAUUCCCAAUGAGCACCGGGCUCUGAUCUGGAUGGCGGCAAGCGGGGCUCUGGACCAGCUAGAGAAGAACCCAGGAUGCUACCAGUCCCUGCUCGGAGCUGAGCACGACCCCAAAUUGGUGGAGACCAUCUGCACAGACUUGAACAGAACAUUUCCAGACAACAUCCAGUUCCGCAAGACGGCCAACCCAUGUAUGCAGAAAGCUCUAUAUAAUGUGCUCUUGGCUUAUGGCCACCACAACCCCGCUGUGGGCUACUGUCAGGGGAUGAACUUCGUAGCCGGGUAUCUACUUAUCAUUACAAAAGAUGAAGAGAAGUCCUUCUGGUUGAUGGAUGCACUACUUGGUAGAAUUUUACCAGACUACUACAGUCCUGCCAUGAUGGGGCUGAAAACUGACCAGGAAGUGUUGGGGGAACUGGUGAAAGUUAAAAUCCCCGGAGUGUGGCAGACCAUGAUGGAUCAUAAUGUCAUGUGGAGCCUCGUGGUGUCACGAUGGUUCAUCUGUCUUUACAUCGACGUCCUGCCAGUAGAGACAGUUCUGCGGAUCUGGGACUGCCUGUUCUACGAGGGUUCCAAAAUCCUGUUCCGCGUGGCCCUGACCCUGAUCCACCACCACCAGGCUCUGCUUCAGCAGGCCCAGUCACUGCCGGACGUCUGCCAGAACUUUAAGCAGAUCACCCACGGCCCAUUUGUUGAGGAAUGUCACACUUUCUUGCAGAAAAUCUUCACAGAACCAGGAAGUCUCUCCAUGGCAACCUUGAGUAAACUGCGGGCGACAUGUCGAACUCGCAUCAGUGCAGAAGAAUACUGACCCAACAACCUGUUGCUCCGAUUUCAAUACACAUUCCACUGGGAUGAGCCCCAGUCCGCUCGUUUGCACCUUCUUCUUUUUUACUGACACAUGAAUGUCACAGCGACUCUCACAUGCUGUUGAAAUUUUGUCAUAUUUAAGACAAUUCUACAGCCUAAGUGUAAUUAUGUUGAGUUAGCGAUCUGAUGUAUGAGCUGAGUAUUCCUUUGGGAGUUAACUUGUAGUUGCUUGCUUUUAUUAAAUGAUGCACUUUGCUCUAGAAAGACACUGUAGAGAAAAAAAAGCUGCAGGUCAGAUAAAUAAUGUGUCGGCCUAUUGUAUUUCAAAUUGAUGUUAAAUGAAGACUGACAAUCGAAUGCUGUAACUGAGAGUGAUGCUGGUUUUAUGGCAGAAAUCAUUUUUCAAGCAUUUCAAAAUCUAAAAAAUUGAUUAUUGUGCAAUAUUUGAGCAAAUGUCAUAGCAAGCAUAAUUGAAGUGUACUAUAAGGAAAUGAUCGAAGCUUAACUAGGAAAAAGCUGCUCUUUUUUUGGACGAAGGGGUUUCCUGUUUGUUCUAUGCUGGGUUAUUAUCCUUAACUAACACGAAAAUAAGCAGUUAAUGUUGAAUCAAUUUGUGAUAUUGAACCACAACAGAUGAACAUAUUUGACAUUCCAUGAGAUGCUGAUAUUGCCUCACAACCAAUCCCUGAUCUGGAUGCUGUUUAGUCUUGUAGAAUUAAAUGACAAGACCAUGAUUUAUAUUGUAUUAGAUCAGAUGUCAUUUAACCAAGCAAUUCCUCUCAGGUGGUAUUGUGCUAUUCCAAAAGAUUCAAAUAUUAUGGCCAUUCCUACAGUUUUCCAACCCAUAUAUAUUUUUGUAUGUAUGUCACAUACUUCUGAGACAUUAACCUGGCUCCAACCAAACCAAGCCUUUGUAGGAAAAGUGAAACUCUGAAAACGCAAUUAAACCAAAAUAAAAACAAAAUUCAAAUCUGUGA